GCCAUGGUGGCGUGUUACCCUGGAAACGGGGCGGGCUACGUCAAACAUGUGGACAACCCGAACCAGGACGGACGCUGCCUCACCUGCAUCUACUACCUGAACAAGAACUGGAACCCUAAGGAGCACGGCGGGGUCCUCAGGAUCUUCCCUGAAGGGAAGCCGUACGUGGCCGACAUCCAGCCGCUGUUCGACAGGCUGCUGGUGUUCUGGUCCGACCGCAGGAACCCACAUGAGGUGCAGCCCUCCUUCUCCACCAG